AUAUUUGUGUGCUUUCUUUUCAGGGUGAUUUCUAUUAUGCUUAAAAAAUAGAAACAAUGAUCAUCAUUCAAAAAGUGCUCCAAGUAGGACUAAUAUAGUAUUUAGUGUGAGUGGCAUCAGAUUAGAAAAUACCAAAAUGAGGUUGCUGGUGGGGCGGGAACCUGUAAGACGCACACAGAAAUACCUAGAAGCUGGGAAGCUGGUCCUUAAGGAUCGUGUCAGGGUUGUCUCCAUCAACUACAAUGGUACUGGAGAGAAUCAUCAGGGUGCAAGGUUGAAAAUGAGAUAUUUCUGUCUUGAACACAGGGACUUCAUUUUCUGGCACUUACCACAGUUGCAGUUCAAAAACCCCAAUGUCCAGAUGGUGACCUUUAAGGAUCUGACUCCCACUCCUUUCAUCAAACUUUAUCUUGAGGGAAAUGAACAGGUUUUGAUGGAUGUGGAUGGAUACACAAAGGAGCAGAUCCACGAACGUUUUAAGCGGAUCAUCUGCAAAUCUGAUGAUUUACUGCAGAGAGAGGCUUCAUCACUGCAGAGGCAAGACAAUCCUGCCAACUUCGGUAGCAAUUGCCCCAGACAUUGCAUCUGUGAGAUUCCUGGACAGGUCCCCUGCCCAGGGUUGAUACCUCUGCCCAAGCACAUGCGCGGCAAGUAUAAGUACCAGGGCUAUGAAGAUUGAUCUCCCUUUGUGAGUUAUGCAAUGCUCAAAGGCUUUGUGUCUCUAGGAAUUGUCAUGGCCUGUUUAUGUUUUAAUAAAGGACU